AUGUCUGCGAAGUCGGUACAAGGGCCUGGGGGCAAGAAGCCCGCGUCGGCAGCCACCAAUUUGAUCGCUGGUGGUGGUGCUGGCAUGAUGGAAGCGCUUGUUUGCCAUCCUCUCGAUACGAUCAAGGUUCGAAUGCAAUUGUCGAGACGAGCCCGCGCCCCAGGAGCGAAGCCGCGUGGCUUCAUUACAACUGGUGCCGAGAUUGUCAAGAGGGAAACAGCAUUGGGUCUGUACAAGGGUUUGGGUGCCGUGCUCACUGGAAUCGUACCAAAAAUGGCCAUUCGGUUCACAAGUUACGAAUGGUACAAGCAAUUACUAGCGGACAAGAAUGGCAAUGUCGCGUCCAAAUCCACAUUCAUGGCUGGUCUCGCCGCUGGAAUUACAGAAGCCGUCCUUGUCGUCACUCCCAUGGAGGUGGUGAAAAUUCGUCUCCAAGCGCAACACCACUCCAUGGCUGAUCCGCUCGAUGUGCCCAAGUACCGCAAUGCCGCCCACGCCAUGUACACUGUUGUGAGGGAGGAGGGCGCUGGAGCUUUGUGGCGCGGUGUCUCGCUCACUGCUCUGCGCCAGGGAACUAACCAAGCGGCAAACUUCACAGCAUACUCGGAGUUGAGGGCGCAACUGCAAAAUUACCAUGGUACUACCGAUCUGCCGAGUUAUCAGACGAGUAUGAUUGGACUCAUCAGCGGUGCCGUGGGUCCCUUUACGAAUGCGCCGAUUGACACUAUCAAAACAAGGUUGCAGAAAACGCCUGCUGAGGCCGGGCAAAGCGCCUUGCAACGCAUCACAAAUAUUGCCAGUGACAUGUGGAAGCAAGAAGGUAUUCGAAGUUUCUACAAGGGCAUCACACCCCGCGUCAUGCGUGUCGCUCCUGGCCAGGCUGUAACAUUUACUGUAUACGAAUACCUGAAGGGCGUUUUGGAGAGGGGCCGGGAUAUGCUGCCAGGCGGCCAGUACGAAGAGUAG